AUGGGGGAAGAGGUGAGUGUCACCACUUUGCAUAAUGGAAACAGUGGAAACCAUGAUCAGAACCUGGAACUUGACAUUUAUCCUUUGAGUAAUUACUAUUUUGGAUCCAAAGACUCCAUUCCCUUCCGAGAUCUCACUCUACAUCAUCGACUUCUCAGAAUCCAGUCCAACUAUGCUACCCGUGGAUUACGAACUUGUGUGGAGGCUGUCUUACUGGUUGAAUUGUUCAAACAUCCACAUUUGUUGCUUUUGCAAGUAAGAAAUUCCAUCUAUAAACUUCCCGGUGGUCGAUUAAGGCCAGGAGAAUCAGAUACUGAUGGAUUGAAGCGUAAGCUGGCAAAGAAGCUUUCUGUUAAUAAAGAUGGAGAUGAGUCACAAUGGGAGGUGGGUGAAUGCCUUGGAAUGUGGUGGAGACCUGAUUUUGAAACAUUAGUGUAUCCUUUCUUGCCUCCUAACGUGAAACAGCCAAAGGAGUGUACAAAAGUCUUCCUUGUGAAGUUGCCUGCUAGUGGGAAGUUCAUUGUACCCAAGAACAUGAGGUUGCUUGCAGUCCCGUUGUGCCAAGUUCAUGAAAAUCACAAGAUCUUACUUUCACCACAUAUACUCAAAACCCAAAGAUUUUGUACAGCGGAUAUUGAAGCCAACGACAACAAUGAUGCAGCGAAACGACCACAAAAAGUUGUGGUCUUCGAUGCCGUUGAUCAACAAUUUAAGAUAAACGGUGGAAAGGUCAUAGUAAGCUCGAUAAGAUAUAUCAAUUUAGAAGAAUUCAUCCUUGAAGGGGAAAUUGUUGAAAAAUAUAAGGUUGAAAAUGCCACUAGUAAGUUUGAGAAAAUGAAUCAACGUGGAGAAAUUCACAUUUGA